AUUGUGUAUUCAGAUAGAUCUUAGAGUUACGUCCCUUGGUGUACAUCUUUUUCCAGUGCCUCUUCAAAUUGUUUACGUUCCCGACGGAUUUUCAUGCCUUUUUACCUUAUUGGGUACAUGUGCAUUGUUAUAACACAAAGAAUUAUAUGGUAGAUUGAAGAAGGAAAUAUAGCAAAAGACAAAAUAUUAACAGGGUUAAGGAUCCUGCAUAUACAACAUAUAAGUUUUUGUUACCAUUGUUAGCGUGGAGUGUGUCAGAGUUAUUGUGCAGUAACAUCAAAGGAAAGAACUAUGUGAUUCAGCAAAGUCGAUAGAUAUUUCUGAUGUUAUUUUGAAGUCUGAAAAGAACAGUUAGAACAUUUGAGAAGAUACCAUAAAAUGAGAAGUUAAGUGAUAUAAUCAUGGAAUUAGGAUUUUCACAUGGCCCCUUGGCGGGGUCACUACCUAGUUGUAGAAUCAAAUGCAGUGGUGCACGUAUACAGGUCGGUAGUCGUGACUUCACAUCUGCCACUGAGGCUCUGCAAGCUUACCUGGACCAAUAUUCAGGUCUGACCACACGUAUGUCUGUGCCUUAUAAACGUGAUGUGUCAGACCUGCUUGACCCUAAGUCUAUUCUACACAUGACAGCAGACCGGUCACUUCAGACUGGUGUAAGGGACACACAGAUUGAAAUGAAACUAGCUGAUGUAAAGACAAGCAUGAACAGUAAUUAUGAUAGAAUGGAGAAAUCUUCUAAACUGAGGAAAGAAGCUGAGGAUGCAUUAAACAGAUCUGGAGACCUAUUAAUUCAGAUUCAACAUGAUGAGCUCCGUAAACCUCAAAGUGAUAUUGAUAGUGUUUCUACCGAUAUGUUGAUGACAAUGAACCCAGCAGCUGGGUACUCAGAACGUAAACAUAUUUACUCUUAUAAAAGACCCAAAUCUCAACAGAGGACUAUAGACCCUUUAACUAACAGGUCAGACAAUGCCAAUGAUUUCUUCAUUAAGAGACCACCGCCAAGUAGUUUUAAUACUAGAGCUGGUACUAUUCCGUUACGUGAACGAAGUCGAUCAGUGUCACCAUCAUCAACUAGACAAAGUGAAAAACUUUUCAAGAAACCACAGAAAUGGAUCAAAGAUCCUAAUGUUACAGACACAAAAUCUCCAAGUUGGAUAGAUGUUCUGGAUAUAACAGACCCUACUGAUUCAAUGUGGUCUAAACGUGACUUGAGGUCAGGUAGACAUCCACCAAGCUGGGUUAAUGGACUAGAAGGCUCUGAUAUAACAAGUUUAGUGUCACAACCUGUCUAUGGUGUUGGUGUAUCUGAACUCUUAGGUAAUGACUCCUUUAAAGAUACCUCAGCUCAAGGACUGAGAUAUGACGAUUUGAUGAAAUCUCCUCGGAAAUCAAGACUUGGAAAAGAUAAAUAUGACCUAACUAGCCAACUUCCUAGAGAAGUUAUGGAGAGUGGCAAAAAAUUAAACAGCAGUGAUAUUUUAGAACAAUAUUUAGAUAAUGCAAGUGAUAGAAAGUCGGACUCCAUUUUGGAUUCUUUAAAGGGAGAUAAUAGAGUACCAAGGUGUUCCAGUUUAGAUACAGAAGCUUUAAUAGCAGGAAUGUCAGCACCGGCACACCAUGAGAUUGCAGGGGCAAGUCCCAUAACUGGAACCCCUAUUAGAUCUAGACGACCACUAAGUCCAGAUACAGAUAUAGUUCUAGAUGGUGAUAGACCUUGGGAGAAGCAAGUGGCAUUUAAAUCACCUGUUUAUGUAGAUGAAGAUACAAGUGAUUCUGAUAUUAAGGCUCCAACGUACACAGGAAGACAUCAGCCUGGUAGCUUAGAGACGCUGAAGAACAUGUUAUAUAAACUUCAGUCAGAAGAAUCAACUGGCUCUAGAGCAGAAAAGCUACUAGCGGCACAGGAACAACUUAACCUUUCUAGUGAAGAACUAGAAGAUGCAUUAAGAGAUUAUAACUUUGACGAUGAACCAGGUGGAAAGUCUUUGGAGAAGGCUUUGUCACAUCUGACAAAAUUAAAGACACUUGUAAAAGACGGAAAAACUAUGAGAAGUAGGUCACAGUCACCUCAUGUUAGACUACAAAGUAGGUCGCCGUCACCUCAUCAUAGACUAUCGUCAAUAUCACCUUCCCGUAUUCCACUGACAUGAUAACCUGUACAGAUCACCAUUCAAUUAAAUCAGACUUUUAUCAAUAAUACAAGCAGAAAUGAGAACAAAUAUUAUUCAUUAGCUUAUGUUGAUGACCUUAUACCAAUUACUACUUGAAUAUCCGUAAGAAUGGAGUACUACUAAAGAUUAGUAUAAAGCAUUAAAAAAAGGUACUUUACAACAUAUAAGUAUCUUAACAAAGCUGUUAUAUAUUCUUGAGCCAUCUGUUUAUAAAAAAUUACUACAAACAUUCUAUUUUUUAAUAGCUUAUGAUAAAUUAAAUGUUUUUUCAUAAAAAUCUCCAAUUUCUACUUCCUUUUGCCGUUAUCUAUAGGAAAAUAAAGAUUUUAUUGGUAUCAGGUUUUGUUAGCUUUGCUUGUAAGUACAUCUAGUAUUUUAUAAAGGUUUUUAGUGUAUUUAUACUCUGUAAACAUAUAACAUUUUUGUCAGGUUCUAACUCGGUCAAUUAUAAGAUAUAUGUACUUAUAAACAAAGGCUUAGUUAACAGCUUUAAGAUUUAUUAAUAAGAGCGUCUACCUCAAUAUCAAAAUAGUCUGUAAAAAGUAUUUAUACCAGCUUCUCAAUAAGAUUCAAUAUAUUGAAAAUAAUGUUAUAACAACAGCUAAAAUUUAGAUAAUGUGAAUUUCUAACCUAAAAUUUCAGGUCACUCAGUUAAAAUCUCUUAACUUUAUUUAAUAGAUUUUUAUAAUUUUCAAUCUAGUUACAGAUUUUUAUAUUUCAUUUUUAGAAUGUUGAAUAAUGCUCUUUAAGAAUGAACUUAUUUUGUUUUUGUCUGUUUAGAAAAAAAGCUUCCUGCUUAAUUUAUUUUUAAACUUAUUGUGAUUUGUCUAAGAGAACAAUGUGAAAUUUGAAAGAGAUGAAAAUAAUAGCUAUACUAACAUUAAUUUUCAUUUUAUUUGUUUCAGUUUUAUGAUACAGAAUCUCUUCUUCUUUUCUUUUAAUUCUCUUUUUAAUGACAUAUUCUAAUUGGUAUAAUUUCAAAAUUUUGUUAUCCUGACAUAAAUGAAGACUACAUUUAUAUUUUAAUAAUCAAAAACUAUUGUCAUAAAGACUAUAACUGGCCAUGGUGUUGAAACUACAGUAGAUACAAAUAAAAGUAUUUUUGCCUAUAUAAUAAUAUCUGUAUCUUAAUAUUCCAUUGCAUAUUUCAUAAUAACAUAAUUUCAAGAACUCAGAAAAAUUCACAUGACUUUGCACAAGAUUUUUGUUCAAAGUAUAUUAAUGAGAACUGAUAACUUAUUAUUUUCUAUAUUUAGUCAGAAUUUCAUAGAAAAACAUAUUAUUGUAACAGGUUCAGUGAUAACUGCCUUUUAUUUUGCCAUUUGUGUUAAUACUAUAUAGAAUCAAGUGAUAUUUAUUUGUUGUUAUUUACAAUAUUUUAUCAUUAAAUUUAUAUCAAGAAA